GUAGGAUCCGACGUGAUUUAGUCCCAACCCGCCGAUAUGACUUACAAAACUUUACACGUUCGGGAGUAUCAAUACGCGAGUGCGCGAAGGCGUUCUAAUAUCCUUUUUUUUUAUAUCUUUUCAGGUACCUAAGGUUUCAGCUGCCGUUUAUCAAAGUUGCCUUGGCGGCCUUCAUCUUUUCUCCCUUAAAAUCUGUAUCGCUUUUUACACGGAAAAUAAAAGAUACCUCCUAGAUUCAUCAAGUGUCCACAUGCGCAAACAAGAUAUCAACGAUAUCAACCCUAGACGAUAACCAUAUAUUCAUUUUCUUUAGGUAGUUACGAGCAUUCCCCGUCGCAACUAAGUACCUAACGUAACGAUGCCACUUUCUACGCCUGCGCUUUUCCGAGGCGCAUUCCGGCAGCGCUUAGCGCAUCUAAGAAUCGGACGCCUGUCACGACCACCGCCCCGCCGCCUCCUCCAGUCCAGCGCACCCCCCGGCCCGAAACCCGGCGGCAACGGGACUGAGGCCGCCAAGUCGAAACCGCCGCCGGCCGAGGACCCGAUCCCGGUGGGUAGCACACCGGUGCCGCCCCCCUUACCUCUGUGGCAGCGGUUCGGCCCCUUGACGCGCGCCGGCGAAGCGUACGGUCGCGCCCAGCGCAAGCGCCCCUGGACUACGCAGAUCCUCUCUGCCCUCGUCAUCUACCUGGCUGCCGAUAUCAGCGCGCAGCGCAUCGGCGGCAAGGAGUACGUGCCCGAGCACACCGCUAGGAACAUGCUUAUCGGGGGCGUGUGUGCUGUGCCGAAUUUCCUCUGGUUCAUCUGGCUAUCCCGGCAUUUCAACUAUCCAUCGCACAUCCUUUCUCUCGGCGUCAAGAUCGUCGUCAACCAGCUCGUCUUCACGCCCAUCUUCAACAGCUAUUUCUUCGGCGCGCAAGCCCUGUUGGUCGGGGACUCUCUGUCCGAGGCGUGGGACAGAAUCCGCCGCACCGUCCCUGUCAGCUGGGUCAACGCGUGGAAGCUGUGGCCCGCCGUCACCGCGUUCAGUUUCACCUUCGUCCCGAUCGAAUACCGCAGCGUCUUCGCGGGCGUGGUCGCGGUAGGCUGGCAGACCUAUCUCAGCUACCUAAACCGCCAGGCUGAGAUCGAGGAGGAAAAGGCGGCUCAUAGCACCACGGCGGCUGCUUCGUCUGCGGUCGAGGCGGCGCCGACGCCCUUGCCGCUUAACGCCCGGAAGCCCCGGAUAACCGCGUAGCUUUGGGUCUCCUUUCUUUUCUACAUGUGCAUAUCAUAGAAGUACGGCCUUGGGCCGGGGGUUAAGUACCUACCUAGGUACCUUAGAUUUAUGAUAGAGGCUUUUGCUAGGUACCUGACUUAUGGUAUAGAUUCAUAGCCGGUGUUGUAUUGUAUACGGUUUAGAAUUAUAGAGGGGAAUACCAGCAUGCGUAGAAGCGAAUCGACGGAUUUGCUAAUCCUAAUGAAAAGGUCUCCUAACAGGUUAUUAUGUAGG